UAGGAAAUAACUAUAAUUGCUUCUCCUACUAAUAGACAUAUAUUGUCGUAUCGUAAUAAUGUCAUACAUGAUAUUCUAUCAAGUAGGAUAACUACGUUAUCCUCAACAAUUUCUCUCCUCAUUUAAAUGGGAGAUAAAAAUAUCGAUUCGUGCAGCUAAUAUGGUUGCUGUUCUUGUUGUAAAUAUCUAUCUUCCUUCUAUUUCCUUUUUCGUGCCAAAAAAAUGUGUAUAAGUUUUGUUGUCAUAAAUAGGAAGUAAAAAUAUUUUGUAAGUAAUUAUCAAAUAGAAAAAGAAAAAUAUUUAUUGUGGGUCAGAUAAUAGAAGUAUUAAAGAAAAAUGAAAACUUCUGAACCCCACAAAAAGAAAAGAUAUAGAAACACUGAUUCAGCAUAUCAGUAAAGGGUAAAUAUUAUUACCUAAAAAGCUCUCCUAAGGUGGAGCACGUAUAGUCCAUUUCUGAAGGGAAAGAUUAAAAAGUGGAUAUGAAUAUGAUGAUGAGAUAGUGGAACAAUAGAAAAUCAGUGCAGUGGUCUUACAAACCCCACACUAGGUGUUGGAAAAAUAGUGAGGUUUGAUUAUACAUGGUGUAGAAUUUGACUUAAGUUCAUACAACUCUUAUUUUUAUUGUACUUGUAAAACAAAUAAUAAAGGCUACUUUAUGCUUUAUGUAGGAAAAACCAUUACAAUGUGUAAUUAUCACCAGUAUAAUCCAGCUUUUAUAAAUAUUGUUAUAUAUGUAUCUUUCAAACUUAUUCACGUCCGAAUUAGCUUGUAUCGUCGUGCUGGAUACAUUAGGUUAGCGGACAGAGCUUCUGAUUUUCGAAUGUAUUUUUUAUCUUACCUUUAAAAACAAUCUAUACAUCAUCUUCUAUGAAGAAUGAAUAAUUAGUACUUGAAUCCUAAACCCGCCUUAUUUACAUCCCCGUUAAGUUUUAACCCAACGAUGAUGAGACAAUAGCAGUUGUCUUUAGCUUUCUACUACACUACUACUACUACUAAAUAAGUAGUAUCUAAUGUGGGGGACAAAAACACUUGUGUUUCCUCUUCACCCACAACUAUUGAAAUGUCCUUUAUUUCUUCUUAAGGGAACAAAAAUAUUUGUGCUCCCCCCUUACCCACACUGACUUUUCCCUAUCUUCCCUCUUAUCUUCCUUCUUCCCUUCCUCUUUCUCUUGCUCAGAGCUUUGCAUUUGCUGAAUGCUUUUUUAUUAUCCUGAUGUUCAUGUCAGAAGAUGGGUGGCUUAGGAAACCCCAAAUUAGUACCCUUCUGCCUAACACAACUUCAUUGUAGGUUCUCUCUUUCUUUUGCUCUUACUAUAUUUAUUUCUCAUUUUCAUUGCUUGGGUACUUAAGUUGGUUAUCUAAUCACUUCAUGUACUCCCCAAUGUACUUUCUUGCAAUUGAUUUUUCCACUGUUUUUCUUUAAAGUGAUGUAUAACAUAUAGUUUUUACAGUCAUAUGAAUGAUUUAAAUUUUUACAUGCCAUAUUAGUAAGUGCUGAUUUAUCUUCUUGUUCAUUAAUGUCAUUUCCUUUACUCAUAUAUUCUCAUGUCAAGGUUUUUAUUUGUCUGAUGUAAUGAAGUUACCAACAUGGUGAUUUAGCAAGCUGUGAAUAGAAGUUUAGUGAGUGGAUAUCAUUGUAGUACGUAGCUCUUAGGAAGGAGGAAAAGGAUGGAGUGGGAUUCAAAAACAUGUGGUUGGAGUGGUGUGAGUAAGUUAGAGCUUCAAGAUCAUCAUCACUUGGCUACAUUUGCGGGUUCGAGUGGCUCAGGUAUCAUCAACAUGUUUUCUGUGGAUCUAAAGCUGGGAAGGUUGGAAGAUAUGGGAGAUGUUCCUAGGGAGAAUAUGAAGAAUUCAAUGCCCUUGAACACGGUUUCUUCUUCACCAGUGUUAGCUCUGUCAAAAAGGGGAAGGCCACGCAACAGCGGAGCUCAAAGUACUGUCCUUUGCUCAGUUGAUGGCUGCACUUCCGACCUCAAUCAAUGCAGGGAAUACCAUCGCCGCCAUAAGGUGUGCGAGAGGCACUCCAAGACGCCGGUUGUUCUUGUUGGUGGGAAGGAGCAGCGGUUUUGCCAGCAAUGUAGCAGGUUUCAUUCCCUGGAAGAGUUUGACGAGGUUAAGAGAAGCUGCAGAAAACGCUUAGAUGGACAUAAUCGACGUAGGAGGAAAAGACAGCCUGAAAUCUUUUACACGCCUGAUUCUGCUGCUAGUUUCCUGUCCUCUCAAACAGGAGAUGGAAUGCUGCAGUUUUGCUGCCCUCAAAUGCACACUGGCAACUGGCCUACAAUUUCUCAGCCUGAUUUGUACUUCCGAAAUAAUCAAGAAACAAUUCAUCAGCCAUUUCUGAAUAAUGAGGUUGCUCCAACCGGGAGUAGGAGAGGCGGCCUAAAGGUUUCACCUGACAACACUGGAUGUGCUCUCUCUCUUCUGUCAAGGUACUCAUCCCAAUCACCGGGGAUCUGUGUGGUACCUACUAUGCAGCCAACGACAAUGAGUUCAUCAUCAGCUCAAGGUAGCAGCACUACCCUGCAUCUUAAUAAUAGCUUUUCUCAACUUUCGUGUUCUCAAGGCUUGGAAGAUAUUGAGAGUUCAGCUUCAUUCUCUAGUAGUAUGAAUAAUACUAGUGCACGAAGUUUUGGAGGAUUUCACUCAGCCCGUGAUGGUUUAUGUGAAAAUGGUUCUUCUAGGAUUUUUCCAUCUGGGUGGGAUUAAUGAAGUCUUUAAAUGUUAUGUUAUCAAAUUUAUCAAUCAUGAAUGUUCUUCCAUGAGAUAAAUGGAGCUCAUAUAUGAUAACAAGGCUCUGUUUGGUUUGAUGUAAGAUGUAUUAACUGAAAAUUUGUGUUACAUGGAAAAUCUUUUUCAGAAAAAAAUAAAAUUUCAUCUCCCUUUUCUUUUGUUUAA